AUGGAUCGUCUACUUCGAGGAUUGGCCAUGGGGAUGGGCGCCAGAGAGGUAACUGAUGACCCUACUCAUCCGGAUUCUGCUGAGACCGUGCACAUAUCGGCGUUAGCAUUACUGAAAAUGCUAAAGCAUGCUAGAAGUGGAGUGCCGUUGGAGGUUAUGGGCCUUAUGUUAGGCAGUUUUGUGGACGACUACACCAUAAACGUUGUGGACGUCUUUGCAAUGCCACAGAGUGGAACAAGCGUCACUGUGGAAUCCGUCGACCCAGUUUAUCAGACGAAACACAUGGAACUGUUGAAGCAGACCGGGCGCUCGGAAAUGGUAGUAGGAUGGUACCACUCUCACCCUGGAUUUGGUUGUUGGUUAUCGAGUGUCGAUGUCAGCACACAACAGUCGUUCGAAGCGCUUCAUCCGAGAGCUGUAGCCUUAGUGGUGGAUCCUAUACAGAGCGUUAAAGGAAAUGUGAUGCUGGACGCAUUUCGAUCAAUAAAUCCGUUGGCAGUGAACCCUCGCCUGUGCGCACCAACUGCUGAAGCUCGUCAAACCACAAGUAAUAUGGGUCAUCUGGUCCGACCAAGUCUUGUGUCGACUGUGCACGGUUUAGGAUUACGGUACUACUCUUUGAACUGCGCUUACAAACUCGCCAUUAGAGAGCAAAAGAUGUUAUCUCGUCUGAAUCAAAAAACUUGGCUAGAUGGGAUGAAUAUUCGUAAGUUUUCUGGUGUUGAACACUCCAACUGCGAGCAAGUAGAAGAAAUGCUCAAACUAACUCGUUUAUUCACCAAGGAAAUACAGUCGGAUCAACAAGGCAGUGCUAACGAACAACAAAUUAAAAAAUAUGGGAGACUGAACGCUAAGCAAAAACUUGAACAGCUAGCUAACGAAAUCAUGGCCGACAACAUUAUACAGGAACUGAGUACUGUGAUCAGCGCACAUUCAUUACAUUAG